UCACGAGUUGCUACCGGACUGAACCUCCGCGCUGCGGGAUGCGGCGGGCAGAGGGUUGAAAAUUUGUGGAGUCCUGAGGCAUUCAGACUGAAAAAGACUUUCCUCUCUCACUGACAGUCUCCACCAUGAUUCAUAGCCUUUUCUUGAUCAACUCCUCUGGAGAUAUUUUCCUGGAGAAACAUUGGAAAAGCGUGGUCAGCCGUUCUGUUUGUGAUUACUUUUUUGAGGCACAAGAGAGAGCUACUGAGGCAGAAAAUGUACCACCAGUUAUCCCUACCCCUCACCACUAUCUCUUAAGUGUAUACCGGCACAAGAUCUUUUUUGUGGCUGUGAUCCAGACGGAGGUCCCACCUCUAUUUGUCAUUGAGUUCCUUCACCGGGUAGUGGAUACAUUUCAGGAUUAUUUUGGAGUCUGUUCAGAGCCAGUGAUCAAAGACAAUGUGGUUGUGGUUUAUGAGGUAUUGGAAGAGAUGCUUGAUAACGGGUUUCCAUUAGCUACCGAGUCAAACAUCCUCAAAGAACUGAUAAAGCCUCCCACUAUCCUUCGAACAGUUGUCAACACCAUAACAGGAAGCACCAAUGUGGGUGACCAGCUUCCCACUGGGCAACUGUCAGUGGUGCCAUGGCGACGGACUGGGGUGAAAUACACCAACAAUGAGGCCUAUUUUGAUGUGAUUGAAGAGAUUGAUGCCAUCAUUGAUAAAUCAGGUUCCACAAUUACUGCUGAGAUCCAGGGAGUGAUUGAUGCUUGUGUCAAACUGACUGGAAUGCCAGACCUUACACUUUCCUUCAUGAACCCCAGGUUGCUGGAUGAUGUCAGCUUCCAUCCUUGUGUUCGUUUCAAGCGCUGGGAAUCUGAGCGUAUCCUUUCCUUUAUCCCUCCUGAUGGAAACUUUCGCCUGCUCUCUUACCAUGUCAGUGCCCAGAACCUGGUGGCAAUUCCAGUGUAUGUCAAACAUAACAUCAGUUUCCGGGAGAGUAGUUCACUUGGACGCUUUGAAAUAACAGUGGGACCUAAGCAGACUAUGGGGAAGACCGUGGAGGGAGUGAUUGUCACCAGCCAGAUGCCCAAAGGGGUCCUGAAUAUGAGCCUCACUCCAUCUCAGGGAACACACACAUUUGACCCAGUUACCAAGAUGCUGUCUUGGGAUGUAGGAAAAAUAAAUCCCCAGAAACUACCAAGUUUGAAGGGGACCAUGAGUCUUCAGGCUGGAACUUCCAAGCCAGACGAAAACCCCACAAUUAACUUACAGUUUAAGAUCCAACAGCUGGCCAUUUCUGGACUCAAAGUGAACCGUCUGGAUAUGUAUGGAGAGAAGUACAAACCCUUUAAGGGCAUAAAAUACAUGACCAAAGCUGGAAAGUUCCAAGUUCGAACCUGAAGGGAGAGUUUUGCAAAGGGAACAGUCACCAACACUUUUCUUUUCUUACUUGUCUAAAAGUAAAAAAAUACCAGCCUGUAUCCUAGGUCAGCCCCCUUCUGGACCCAGCCACUCCCUUUUUUCCUUAGCCUUCAGUGCCAUGGAACUAAUCAGGGGAGAAAAGGGCCACCAGGGAGGAUGGUUUAGAACUGAAACAAGUCAGCACCAACUCAGUUCUUAAGGAAGAGCUGGGCGAUGGAGGCCAGAGGUACUUGAUGCCACAUUUAACUAUUUUUAACAUGGUUACCAUAGGAAAACACUAGCAUUUAUUACUUGUUUGGCUUUAAUUAUCUAAAGCCAAUGAAAGACUUCUUUGUUACUGUUUUUUAAGGUGGAGAGAGGAGAAGAAAAAGGAAGGAAGGAAGGAAGGAUAUAAAAGAAAGGAGAAGAGAAAGAAAGACAGGAAGAAAAGAAACCUUGGGAAAAAAUGAGCAUUAGUGAAGCAAAGGCUAGUUAAGGAUCUGACCUGUGAGGGGGAAGAAAGUAGAAAGAGUACUAAAGUAUGAGGACACUAAAGUGAAAGUGGCAAGAAAGCAAGUCCCACAUGAAGGAGAGUUAGAAAGAAUAGAGUUGAGAGCAUUUCUUUCUGAUCCCUCUACUUUCAUAUAUUUUAAAAAAAUUUGUACUUGACUGGCAUCUUCUUAAAUUCGAGUCCACUGUUGAUAUGGAAAACCCCAGUAGAAUCAGAUUUUCCCUUAAAGACCAUGACUGUAUCCGACCAGUUUUCAGACAGCUGCUGCUUGCUUUUAGUACUUGAUCUGUCAUCUUUAGUGAGGAGGUGACUUGUCCUUUUCCUGGUGGUGGUUGCUAGAAAUGCCCUGUUCCCCUAACCCAAAACACUUCACAGAAUUCACCAGCGUUUUCCCGUUACCUGCGGAGAGUUUCAGAAAAGCCAGUCCAGGGCAGCUGUGUUCUGUACGCAGUAUUGGAGCGUAGGUGGCCAGCUUGGUCCUCAUGAAGGUGGACCACAGCUGUAACCUAGUGAUUCCUUAUUUCAUGUGUCGGUGCCGGACUAGGCUUGGAGUCUAAGCUGUCCUGUCGGAAACAUUUCCAUCUGUAACCCUGCGUAAAAAGAAUGCUUAUCACUGGGGGGUGGCUCAUCCUUGAAGCAGCUCAGUAAAGUGAUUUCCUCGGUCUACUGUUUUGUUUUCUAUAAUACAUUUAUGAACAGUAGCUCUCCACUGGUCCAUUUUUCUUUUAAGGUCUCCCCUCCAAAAGUCCCCCAAAUCUUUGAAUAAAACUAAUGUUGUGGGAAGAUGGGCCAUGUUGAUCAUGUCUAAACCACUUUCAGAAACAUGGCAACUGAAGGAUUGCCGCAGGCUUUCCCAAUGGGUAAUUUUUACUCUAGUUUAAUGUGUUUAUUACCCAUUUAAAUAUUUAUGUGAAAGGCAGGUUUUUAAAAACCAUAGCUUAAGCAGUGAUAUUGUGCGCUGCUUCAUGCAUGGAGACAAAUGAAGACCCAUACUCUCCAAACCCUACAAUCUUUCUCCAAAGCCCCAUUUCCAAAAUACUUAAGUGAUUCUUUUUCUAGUUUUAACUUCCUACCUGCUGGACUUGUUUUGCUGCAGUGAUGUUGCUUUGUGGUUUUUCUCUGGGAUAAAUUGUGCACUAUACAAUGUGUUUCAGGUUCCAUCACUCUAGAAUUUGUCAAGAAUUACUAUGUCCCAUAUAUACACACCUACCAUGGUGGGCGAGACAUCCAUGCCUGUGGAUUGUAGAAUCCUUAGAAUUACUUCUCCUCAGGGCUCUGGAGGAUUUUAAAGUUUCAUGAAAAACAGUCAUGGCUCCUGAAUAUUUUUAGUUUUGUAAGUCCAGCUAUUUUAUUUCCUCCAGGGCAGCUCAUCUAAUCUCAAGUGGGGAAGUUAAGGGGAAAUAAAGUAUCUAGGGUAUGGGACCCACAGCCUUAGCAUAUGAAGUGACUGUAACACCACCUGUGUGGCAGAGCUGGCAUGCAGUGGAGCGUCAGUGUGUUAGCAUAAGUAGUGCAGGGGGUCCUGAUUGAGCUGUUCAGUUCCAUGUGUUUAACAUGUGCAGAAGUAUUUUCUCUGUCUUAAUAAAGUUGAGUUUUAUCAGUU